AUGAGACCCCGUCAAUCCAAGGUCACCCAAGUGCUGUCGGGGGCCGUGUUGCUGGCCUCCGGGGCCGCGGCGUCGUGCUCCCUGCCUUCUACCUACAGCUGGACGUCGACCGAAGCCCUCGCUGAGCCCAAGUCAGGAUGGACCGCGCUCAAGGACUUCACCAACGUCGUGUCCAACGGCCAGCAUAUCGUGUACGCCUCCACUACCGAUUCCUCCGGCAACUACGGGUCGAUGGCCUUUAGCCCCUUCGCCGACUGGUCGGACAUGGCCUCGGCGUCUCAGAACGCCAUGAGCGCGAGUGCCGUUGCCCCAACCAUCUUCUACUUCGCGCCCAAGGACGUCUGGAUCCUGGCCUACCAGUGGGGCCCGACGGCCUUCUCGUAUAAGACGUCCAGCGAUCCCUCCGACGCCAACGGCUGGUCCGAGGCGCAGCCUCUCUUCUCGGGUUCCAUCUCCGACUCCAGCACGGGCGUCAUCGACCAGACCGUCAUCGGCGAUGACACCAACAUGUAUCUCUUCUUCGCUGGCGACAAUGGCCGCAUCUACCGCGCCAGCAUGUCCAUUGACAACUUCCCCGGCGACUUCGGCACCCAGUCCGAGGUCGUCCUGGAGGACACUACGAACAACCUGUUCGAGGCUGUCCAGGUCUACAAGGUCGACGGCCAGGACCAGUACCUGAUGAUCGUCGAGGCCAUCGGGUCCGCCGGCCGCUACUUCCGUUCCUUCACCGCCAGCAGCCUCGAUGGCGAGUGGACUGUGCAGGCUGGCACCGAGGACCAGCCCUUCGCCGGCAAGGCCAACAGCGGCGCCUCCUGGACCAACGACAUCAGCCACGGUGAUCUGGUCCGCAACAACCCUGACCAGACCUUCACCGUCGACCCCUGCAACCUGCAGCUCCUCUACCAAGGAAAGGACCCCAACAGCAGCGGCGACUACAACCAGCUGGCCUGGAGGCCUGGUGUCUUGACCCUGAAGGUGUAA